AUGAAGCUACAAGAUAUCUAUGAGAUUGACUCGAUUGAUGACUUUGAAACCAAAAAGUCGGCUUUUCUUAGCAUAAAAAUUCUCGAUUAUCAAAAUGUAAAGCACACGAAUGUUUUUUUAGAUUAUAUAAAAAUGUACACACAAUACGGUGAUCAUUCUUCUCUUCAAGAAAUUCUAGAAAAAUGUAAAUAUACUGAACAAGAACUAAAAGAAUAUAAUCUUCAUAGUAUCGUUAGAACCAGGCGUGUAAGCUGGGACACUAACCUUGUAGAAAUAAAAGAGAUUGAAGGUAGAAAAUCUAAACAUCGACGAAUAGAAAAAGUUUACGAUUACGAUUUACAAAAAAUACAAAAUUGCGAUAAAGAAAAGGUAACAAAAAUUUUAAAUGAUUUGCAAAAUAAAAAAAUUCUUAAUUGA